GCUGACCCUCCUGCCCUCCCCGCUUCCGGGGCCUCGCUCCCCUUGCCCUCCAGCCGGGUGGUUUAACAGUAGUAGGCCCGGACCCGGCGAGGGCCAAAGUUUGACAACACCAAAGGCCCCCGCCCGGCCCGCCUCAAGCCGCGCCCCCUUGCUCACGUGUUCCCUCGGAGAGUGGGAAGAGCCGGUGAGCCGGCGACCGCCAGGCCGUUUGUGUCGGAACCCUGCGUCCCCUCCGAGCGAUGCUGCGGAGCUGCGUCUCCCGACUGCGGACGCCGGGAGUCCUCUGCGGCCGGCUGGGAGGCGCGUCCCCGCUGGCGAGGGACUCGAGGCCGCUGCCUAGGUCAUAUUCAUCAGAGGUUGUUCACAUGGACCAUUCUCUCCCCAACCCCAGCUGGAGCAAGGACAUGAGACUCAUUUUUGACCAGUUCAUGAAGAAGAGUGAAGAUGGCUCUUGGAAACGUUUGCCUUCAUAUAAAUUUACAUCUUCUAAAAGGCUUGAAGAGGUCAAAAUCUUUUUUCCUGAUGCAAAGCCUGUGAAAGAAGAAUCAUUGUCACAGGCUCGGCUCUUUCCCAGAAGCCUUGAGGAAGGUCUGGGGUUUGAAUAUGCGAUGUUCCAUAAUCAUGUUGAAAACAGGACAGCUUGCAUAUUGCAAGGAGGUCCUUACCUGCAAGGAAUACCUGGAUUCCUUCACGGAGGUGCCAUUGCAACCAUGAUUGAUUCUACUGUUGGUAUGUGUGCAGUUUUAACUGGGGGAGCUGUCAUGACUGCCAAUCUCAACAUCAAUUUUAGAAGGCCUAUCCCCCUUUGUUCUGUUGUUGUGAUAAAUAGCCAGCUUGAUAAAAUUGAAGGAAGGAAACUGUUUGUUUCCUGUAAUGUCCAAAGUGUGGAUGAAAAGACUCUAUACUCUGAGGCAACAAGCUUAUUUGUAAAAUUGGAUCCCAAAAAAAGUUCGCCAUAAAAGUUUCUGGUGCAUUCUGCACCAACCUGCACUGGGCUCUCCUUCCCUCCAGAAGAAGCUGGUGUCUCUGAUCCUGCCCCGCUUACCCACUUUUGAGGCCCCCCCAGCAGGUGAAGGCUGCUAACACUGAUCUUCCUGAACAAAUCUUCGAAAUACAACUCCAGGAGGUGUUUGCACCUUCUAAACUCUUUUAACACGGAAGGACUCUCUGUGACAGUACCAGCAGUUUUUUGUGUGUCCUCAGAAUAAGUUCUGGUUCUCCUAAAUUUGAAUGGGCUUCUUAUGGUUGCAUAAGCAUAGUGUCUUCCCCAUUACAGACUGAAGAAAAUUCAUAUUGAAACUCUUACCACAAACUAGAAAAUGCCAGAAAACCGAAGGAAGGGGUGUGUGUGUGUGUGUGUGUGUGUGUGAGAGAGAGAGGUAAAUUACAAAGCUAGCUUUAUUAUAUCCGAACAAAAUCUUUUUGGCCACAGUAGGAAGCACAACUAGUUCCUAGGAAUGAAUGAUACCUCAACUCUGAAUCCUAGGGAUUAAAUAGCUGUACCAACGUAAGCUGUCCUGUUGUGUCUUAACCAACAGCGUAGUUGAUCUUCACUGGAAGGAACCUGUAUUUACUUCCCAGGUAUCUUCAUCCAUUCAGGCUGCUAUAACAAAAUACAGAACAAAAUAACCAACGGAAAUUUAUUGUUCACAGCUCUUAAACCUAGAAAGUCAAGGAUCAAACACCAGCACAGUCACCUGGUGAAGGCUAGCUUAACUGGCUUAGAGCUGAUGACUUCUCACUGUGUCCUCACAUGGUAGGAAGGGCUAGAGGUUCUCUAGAUCCUCUUUUAUUAGGACACUAACCACACACGAGGGUUCCACUUUAUUACAUAUUUCUCUACAGCCCACCUACUGAUAACAUCACGUUGGGUGUUAGGAUUUCAACACACGAAGGCAGUGGCGGGAACAAACAUUCAGACCUUCACAUCAGGGCUGCCAUGACAAAGUAUCACAUAUUGGGUGAUUUAAAACCACAGAGGAACUCAUUGCCUCACAGUUCUGGAACCAGAAAUACAAAAUCAAGAGUUAGGCUCUAGGGAAGGGAUUGCUCAAGUCUCUCUCCUAGCUGCUGGUAGCCUCAGCAGUUCCUUGGUUUGUAGAUGCAUCACUCCUGCCUUCCCAUCAUCUUCCCUCUGGCCAGAUUUCCCCUUUUUAUAAGGCCACCAGUCAUUGGUAGAGCCCACACUAAUGACCUUGCUUUAAACUCAUUACCUUGGGGCGCCUGGGUGGCUCAGUGGUUAAGCCGCUGCCUUCGGCUCAGGUCAUGAUCUCAGGGUCCUGG